AUAUAUUAAAAAAUAAUUGGGAUCUCUUAUUUUUUUUAAUUUACAUGUUGUUUUCGCAGAAGGACCGGGAGCCAAUGAAAGAAGACGCCAUCUUUGACUUUAGCACUCAAUUUCUACUUCUCCUCACAAGAGACUGCUAAAGCUUUUUUCACUCAAGAAAACUCAACAACCUCCCUCUUUGCUUUUGCUUCUGCUUCUGUUCUGUAAUCGGAAACAAUGCCUAUAGCAGAGAUCUUCCUCUCUGCCUUCGUCAAAUUGCUGUUUGAGAAGAUGUCCUCUUUUGCCUCCUCCAAAUUACUCACCUUUGAAGGUAUUGCUGCGCAGCUCACCAAUUGGACCAGUAUGCUGUCUCAAAUUCAAGCUCUUCUGAUUGACGCGGAGGACAAGCAACUGACUGAAGUAGCCGUGAACAUGUGGCUCAACGAUCUCCAAGAUCUGGCAUAUGAUUUGGACGAUUUAGUGGAUGAGUUCGCCACCGAAGCUUUGCAACAGAAUCUCAAGGCAAAGCCGCCCCAAGCUAGUUCCAGCAAGGUAUGGAAUCCCAUCCCAAAUUUCAAGUCAAGAGAUGUUAUGUUUAAUUUCAAAAUGAGGUCCAAGAUUGAGGAGAUCAAUACCAGAUUACGCACUAGUGUUUAUCGAUCUUCGCAACUUAAUUUGGUUAAGAUUGUUGAAACCACCACAUCUACUAAGACUUGGCAAAGACCAGAGUCUACAUCUUUAUUUGAUGAACCUCGCGUUUACGGCCGAGAACACGAUCAGAGUAAGAUAAUUGAGUUGCUCGUAAAGGGGGAUGAAUCAAGUCAUAACAACGUUGGUGUAAUUCCCAUUGUGGGUAUGGGUGGGAUUGGCAAGACCACCCUUGCUCAGCUGGUAUACAAGGAUGAAACCGUGAAGGAGUAUUUCAAUCUGAAAGCAUGGGUCUGUGUGUCAAAUGAGUUUGACAUUAUGAAAAUAACAAAAACUAUUUAUGAUUCAGUGACUUCCCAAACAUGUAGUUUUAAUAACUUGGAUCAAGCUCAAGUUCAACUACAGAAGGCUUUGGCAGGAAGGAAGUUCUUAAUUAUUUUAGACGAUGUCUGGAACGAUGAUUACAAUGCUUGGAAUGUUUUGAAGAAACCUUUCAAUGAUGGAGCCCAAGGGCGUAAAGUCGUUGUGACAACACGUAACAGAGACAUUGCAACAAUGAUGGCAACUGUUGAACUUCAUGACGUUAAGAUCCUAUCAGAUGAGGAUUGUUGGUCAUUGUUUGCACAACAUGCCUUUGCGAAUACAAGUAUUGAUGCAAAUCCAAAUUUGGUAUCAAUUGGUAAGAAAAUUGUGGAGAAAUGUAAAGGUUUGCCUCUCGCUGCUAGGACACUUGGUGGCCUUUUACGCAACAAAGUACGAGAUGAGGAAUGGGUAAAUGUAUUGCGUAGUAAAAUAUGGGAUUUAUCACACAAAAAAAGUGACAUCCUUCCUGCUUUGAGAUUAAGCUACCAUGACCUUCCUUCACAUUUAAAGCUGUGCUUUGCAUACUGCUCAAUAAUACCCAACGACUGUGAAUUUGAGGAAGAGGAGCUAGUCUUGUUGUAGAUGGCAGAGGGCUUCCUUCAACAACAAAGAGAG